GAUUGGUUUCAGAAUAGGAAAGGAUUAAACGCCGGAAACAAUAUAAAGGCUGGAGUUAGUGCCGGCUCUCUCAGAAUUCUCCCCUAAAGCUAACCGAGGCAGCGGAGUUCUGCCGGGAAGCCCCGGAACUGGGAGACAUUGUGUUGAAGCAUGUCUCUGAAAAGGAAGGCAGAGUCUGCUGCUCUCAGUAUCAACGUGUGUGCAGCCCGAGCGCUUCAGGAACUGCUCAAAACCAACCUGGGACCCAAAGGCACGAUGAAAAUGUUAGUUUCUGGCGCUGGAGACAUCAGGCUGACCAAAGAUGGUGGCGUACUAUUGAGGGGGAUGCAGCUCCAACAUCCCACAGCCUCUUUUAUUACCAAGGCAGUGGCUGCUAUGGAUGAGACGGUGGGUGAUGGAACCACCUCAGCUGUGCUCCUCAUUGGGGAGAUUUUGAAACAGGCCCACCGCUACAUUUCAGAGGGGAUCCAUCCCUGAGUCAUCGUAGAAGGGUUGGAAUUGGCCAAAGAAGAGGCAAUCUCCUGCCUGAAUGAACUCUGGGAAGACGACGAUCAGUUCAUCCGGAAGAAGGUGGCUCGGACCUCACUUGGAACCAAGGUUCACUCAGAGUUGGCAGAUCUGUUGGCAGAUCUGGUGGUGGAGGCAGUGCAUUGUGUUUAUCAGCGUAGACAACCCAUUGACCUUAACCUGGUGGAAAUCAUGGAGAUGCAACAUCAGACUGAGUGCAACACUGUCCUUAUCAGAGGGUUGGUUCUAGAUCAUGGUGCUCGGCACCCAGAUAUGAAAAAGCGAUUGGAGAAUGCUUACAUCCUCACCUUGAACGUGUCUCUGGAAUAUGAGAAAACAGAGGUUAACUCUGGCUUCUUUUACAAGAGUGUGGAGGAAAGGGAAAGGUUGGUAAAAGCAGAGCGACAGUUCAUCGAGGAGAGAGUGAGGGCAAUCAUAGCGCUGAAGAGAAAGGUGUGCGGCAACUCCGACAAAGGGUUUGUUGUGAUCAACCAGAAGGGUAUCGACCCUCUGUCGCUUGAGAUGUUUGUGAAGGAGGGUAUUGUAGCCCUGAGAAGAGCUAAGAGGAGAAACAUGGAGAGGUUGCCGCUGGCAUGCGGGGGUCUGGCAGUGAACUCUGUGGAAGAUCUGACUGAAGAAUGCUUGGGCCAUGCAGGGCUGGUGUAUGAGGAGACACUGGGAGACAGCAAGUACACUUUUAUUGAAAAGUGUGAUAAUCCUCAGUCUGUCACACUGCUUAUUAAAGGACCCAACAAACACACCAUCACUCUGAUCAAAGAUGCCAUUCGGGAUGGCAUGCGAGCUGUGAAGAAUACCAUUGAGGAUGGUGCUGCCAUGCCUGGGGCAGGAGCUGUCGAAGUUCGCAUCGGAAGCCAGUUACUAGACUACUGUAAAGAUCAAGUCAAACGUUGUGCACGGUUUGGAUUUCAGGCGUUUGCUGAUGCCAUUCUGAUUAUUCCAAAGACGCUGGCCCAGAAUGCUGGAUAUGAUCCUCAAGAGAUUGUGUCAAAUGCCCUGAGCAGAAAACGUCAGACGACCCUUCCAGUGGGCAUUGAUUUAUCCAGUGGUGAGCUAAUAGAUGAUUGGGAGACUCCUAUAUGGGACAAUGCUUGUGUCAAGCAUCAGCUGAUACAUACGUGCACUGCAGUAGCAAGCAACCUCUUAUUGGUAGAUGAGAUUGUCGGAACAGGAAUGAAUUCAGACAAAAAGUGACUACAUCUGACUGGAUUAUCAAAAUCUCAUCAAUUUUGUGACUGAAUUGAUUGUUUAAAAAAAAAGGACCGAUCAGAGAUAGCACGAAAGUGAGAAAUAAAAAAAAAGGUGAUAUAGGAAAUACAAAACAAAUUUGGAAUGUCCAGAAUGUGAUUAAUGAUAGAUACAUCACAUUCCAUUAUUUUGGAAAGAAUAAGUGACUCUAUUACUCUCUAAAGCCAUAAUGGCUGUGAUUGAGUAAAUAUUGUCAAUCUGUCAUUGUUUUCCUAGACCUUUAUUCUUCUGCAUUAUUUCACUACAGUCCUGUAAAGGAAUCAUUCAGUGUUGUGUAACGAUACUGUGGCUUUAAGAGGUGUAUUUUGUCCUGGUGUUUUUUAUGAAGAAAGGUUGAGACAGAGGAGACAAGCAAUCUGCUCAAAGCCAAAAAAAUGUAAACAGCUGGGAGGCCUUGGGUUUUUGUUUUAAAAAGUUGGAAGAAUAAAAGCAGUCUGAAUGGGUGAGGUCAAGCUCCCACAGAAC